CGGCGCGCUUGGGAGUUUUUGCUCAUAUGCUAUAUGAUGCAUACGACCGAUGGAUACAGAAUGAAUGAUUGAAGUGGUGUACAGUGUAUUUAUAACUAAGAACGCGGAUGCAAAUGACACAGAAAAAGAGAAAUAGUAUUUACAAUAGUCAUGAAAAAUAUCUUGUUUAGAACGUAUUUAUUACUUUCAAGCUUGGCAUUGUCCAUUUUGRGCCACAAAUGUCAUCGAAAUAUGGAAACGUUAUGGCUUACUGAAGCAGGGUCAGCACCUGUGGUUUCAAGUCCAUUKCUAGCUGAUAUUAAUGGGGAUAAUAUACUUGAUGUUGCUGUGACAACAUUUGAUGGACAGCUGUCAAUAUUGAAUGGUCAGACUGGUCAUCAACUUCCUGGAUGGCCAUUUGAUGGUGUCAAGGGAACCUUUCAUGCAGCACCAUUACUGUAUGAUGUUGACAAAGAUGGGUUGAAYGAAGURUUGGUGUGUACAACUGAUGGUCAAGUUAUUUUASUCAAACCWGAYGGAAGACCAGUUCCUGGACAAAGAAUAUCACAAAUUCCUCCAUUAAAAAUUCAGAAGGAAUGGUAUAUUGCAAAACCACAUCAGAGAAAUAGAAAUGAGCCAAGAAUGAAWGCACAGUUUGCAGAAUAUUCAGAAUUCAUUACAAAACAGCUCAAAGAUGAAGUAAGUGGUGAAGACAAAUUAAACCAUCAAACAUCUUCACCUCCAUCUGGUCUUUCUGCAGAUGGUUCWCAUGUUUAUGUUGAUGUUCAUGUUCUGUCGACACCAGUUAUUGCUGACUUUAAUCAAGAUGGACUUGAAAAUGAGCUCAUUGUUGCAGUUAACUUUUACUUUGAUGAAAUGAAACUACUGUCGCAUCCAAAAGACUCAGCUCUGGCUGCCAAAGACCUAGAGAACUAUCUUGGCAGCGGCAUUGUUGUUUUUAAUCUUGAUAAAGGAGAUAUCAUCUAUAAAACUGUACUUGAAGUCACUAAGAGAUCAAGUCUUUAUCCUGGUUAUGUGMUAUCACUGCCUACAGCAUUAGAUAAUACCAGCAUUGUCAUUGGUACAUCAGUAGGAAAUAUAUAUGUAAUCAAAGGGACAAACAAAGAGCCUAAAAUACUGACAACUAUGGAUAGCAUACAGGGACAGAUAAGUGUAGCYGAUACCAAUGACGACGGACAUCUGGAACUUCUGACUGUGGAUGAUAGUGGUAAUGYUGCAUGUAUUGACAUGGAGGGGAAGAGAGUAUGGGAAAGAAGAAUUUCAGGUUCACCAGCUUCAGGAAUACGAGUUGCAGACAUCAAUGGCGAUAAUUUGCUUGAUGUUGUCUUUGCAUCRUAUGAUGGUUACAUGUGGGUGCUUAAUGGUGAUAAUGGUAAGAUCCUGCCAGGCUGGCCAAUCAAGCUCCCUAGUGAGAUAMGAGCUACUGUAUUGGUGACUAAACUACGACCUGGGGAAGGAACUGRCCUUGAUUUGGUAAUUCCUCUUCUAGAUGGUGUACUAGCCAUUAUUAGAGGAAGUGAUCAGUGUACUGAAUUCAUUGAGACYGGGUUACCAGCCUUUUCUUCCGCUGUAUCUGCAAAGUUGUUACCAUGGAAACAAGGCUUAGAGGUUGUAGUUGGCAGUACAGAUGGUACAGUUAUUUGUCUUGGAGAAGCUACUAAUUCUACAGAAAGAAAUGACAUGAUUCACGAAGAACUUUACUCCUGGAAGUCCGAGACUCGUCAUUGCAGUGGAACAACAUUCAAUUCUGGAAAAGUUGGAAUAGCAUUUUCUAAGUCAACAACUCAAAAAACACAAUUUAGUGGGAAAACUCUUCCUGUUGAGUUUGAGAUCACUGAUUUACAAGUUAGAGAUCUGAGAUGGAACAAUUACAGGAUAAAGAUAUUUAUUGGUAAUAAACAGUUAACAUUCAACAAGACUCUCACCACCCCUGGUGUGCAUCAACAAAACAUCCCCAUACCACUCCUUACUGGAAAGGUUGUCAUGGUAAUAAAGAUGACAACUCCMAAUGAACAAUGCUUUCAAGAUUCAUUUCAUAUCAGUCUGAACAUCCAUCAGUUUGAUGACUUGCAAUGGUGUUUACUAGCGCCAUUCCUUACAAUGUCGUGUCUACUUCUGGUUUUACAUGGUCAUGCACCACAAGGAGAGAUCUUGCCAACUUUUAUGAGAAGAUAGCAAAGAAAAUUUGAACCCAAAAACAUUUUAAUGUAAAAAUUUGAUAUGUCUUAAAAGAUUAAAUUAACACAAAAGGUAAGAAAAUGAUGUAAGGAAUGAGAGCAAAAGAAAUCCCAGUUCCAAAGUCUAAUUAUCUUUUGAACAUGAAUGAUAUUUAAUAAAAUAUGUUGCUUGUGGAAAUAUCAUUAUAAUUAUAGUUCAGGUAUUUCUUAGAAUUUUUAAAUUAAAAUCAAGAACAAAAUAUCUUUUGUAAAUUCAAAAACUUUGUUGAGUAAACUUACUCACUGAAUAUUUAUGACACAGGUUUGAUUUUUAAUUAAUACUUUUAUUGACUUCAAUACUAUAUACAACUACAAGACAUUUUAUUUACUCAAUUGUCUUAAUUAUCAUUGUAUAGUUCUUUGUUUAUAAAUGCAGCCUCUUUUUUUGUUAAGCUUUCAGCUGUCCCUACUUCCUAUCAUUGCUACAUUCGAAAAAAAUUUACACAGGCAACCCAAUAACUCGUUAGAGACAUUUUUGGAUCUUUUUCUUUCUUCCACAACUACUUGCCAGUAGUAAUAUGUGGUAAACAGACUACAAUUUCAGCAUUUAUGCUGUAUUAUUAUUUAGCAUGGCAACAAUGCUAAUUUGAACCUGUCAUACUAUUCAGAUGACUUUUAUGAAAAAGCUGUAAUUUACAGACAGAAAUACCACUAUCUGGUGGGAAUAUUAAAAGCAAAAAAAUAAAA